GAACUCGUUAUUUUUGUUUCGUGUAUCUUGAUUUCCAUCCGGCGCCGUUAUGCAUGGGUUUUCAAGAGUCGUUGCUCAAUCAACGCAUUGUCCUAACCGUAAAUUUAGUAUGCGGAACUGAAGAAGUCUGCUCGACACAUGCUGCACCCCUUCCGUACCCACCUCCGCCAUCUGCUCUUGGGAUCCAGUUUGAAGUUGCUGACCGAAAAGACAUGCCAUGUGCGUAUCCUGACCGGCCCACUUGCAGGCAUUCUUGCGUUGUAUCAGGUGGGGAACAGUAUAUAAGGCGUUGAGAAGAAUGGCUGCGUCGGGAAACUUUCACUGCAAUGCGUUUGAAAAAACUUCCCAGCACGUCCGCCCUGCUUUCGAUCUGGUUUGCUUUGGCAUCAGCUAGGACAUUCUCUGGCGGUGCUAUUGAAGGAUUUGAAGAAGCUGCUAAUUUCCAAGCUGAACAAAUCGAGAAUCUUCGUAGUUUUCUAGGUCCUAAGCAGGAAGACUCAAGUACUCAAAAUGUCAAGAGAGAGAGCGCUAUCACCUUCAGAAACCCGAAUGCCCGACAGUUCUUUGUCGACGGGACAAAAAUUCCAGAUGUGAACUUCGAUGCCGGCCCGUCGUAUUCUGGGUUGAUGCCCAUCUCUCCCGACCCUAAGGAGACACGAAAGCUCUUCUUCUGGUUUUGGCCUACUACGAAUGCCUCGAACGCACGAGACCUUCUUUUCUGGACCAAUGGUGGACCUGGUUGCUCGUCCUUGGAGGGCUUUUUACAAGAGAAUGGUCCAAUUUCUUGGUCUUGGGGUCAAUCCGAGCCAACUCCUAACCCGUUCAGCUGGACGAACCUUGCUAAUGUCGUGUGGGUUGAACAACCCGUUGGCACCGGUUUCUCUCAAGGAGCACCUAACAUCACCAACGACGAUGAACUAGCUGAGCAAGUGGCUGGUUUCCUUGGUCAAUUCUUAGAGGUUUUCGACGAGUUGAAAGGAAGCAACUUUUUUGUGAGCGGGGAAAGCUAUGCUGGCUUCUACGUUCCCUACAUCGCCAACUGGAUUUUCGAGCAUACAACGAAACGUACUCUGGACCUGGACCUGCAAGGAAUCUGGAUUGCUGACCCUACUCUCACUUGGGGACUGAUCUCUCAAGAAAUUCCUGCGCUUCGAUUUGCACAAGCAAACAGGAACCUCUUCCCAUUCACUCAAGCAUUCUACGACCAGCUUCAAAGCAUCUCUGAUUCAUGCGGUUUCACGGAUUACCUCGACAAGUUCGUCAGUUACCCGCCUACUAGUCAAUUGCCUAUUCCCGCUGGCGGUACCAUUGAUCCUGUGACCCGAGCGGUUGGUGUUCGUUCGGAUUGUAGGCUGCACAGUCCAAUACAACGUGCUGUCGCUGUACUGAAUCCUGUAUUCAACGUCUAUCGGGUGUCGGAUACCUUCCCUAAUCUUUGGAGUGUCCUGGGAUUCCCGCGAGAUACACAGCAGUUCACUUAUUUCAAUAGGACUGAUGUGCAAAGAGCUAUCCAUGCACCUCACAUCGAAUGGCAGUCCUGCACGGACACAUCGGUUUAUAUCAACCGUACCACCGGUGGUGCAGGUCGUGACCAGAGUAUUCCGUCGACUCUGAGCGUACUUCCAAAUGUCAUCGAGAAGAGUGUUCGUACCGUCAUCGUUCAUGGUCUCGCGGACUUCAUUCUGACCGCUGAAGGAACACGCAUCGCUAUCCAAAACAUGACUUGGAAUGGAUUACAAGGGUUUCAGACUCCCAUUGAGCCCGAGAGCUUCAUCGUAGAUAACAUGGGUGCCUUUGGAUCCUUCCACCAGGAGCGUAACCUGACCUACGUCGAGUUCUCCUUCAGCGGACAUAUGACUCCUCAAUUCGUCCCUUGGGCAGCGUUCCAAACUAUUGCUUUCUUGCUCGGAAAGCGGCCCUCGCCCUCUGCCUAGAGCUUGCUGCUGAAACGACUUUGUUAGGCUCUAUGCGGGUCCAUUUUAGUCAGUAUACUCGCGGCACGGCAAUGUGAAAUGCAGUUUUGUGUCCUAUUAAUAGAUGAUCGAUGAAUAUGGUCAAGUCUCCAAUGAAAAGGUCUAUGCUUCGUGGG